CCGUGCAGACGUCUCUCGGUACCGGACGUGUAGUCUGUGAAGCUUGAAGUAUCCCAGAGCACGUUGGGGUCUCCGCUUACAGGCGCCAGCUGCCAGCAUCGCUCCGUCACUAACUUCUGUCCGCAGCCAGAAGAAAAGCGCUGGGAGCAUGUGAGAUACGCAGCGUGACGGGGCCACCAGAGCCCUCUUUUUAUUCCAAAGUUGCCAUGGGUAACCCCGCUGACGGGGAAGAUGUCUUUGUGGCGGUGAUCCGACCAAAGAAUCCUGGAAGUCUUAGUUCGAGGGAGUACAGGGCGAAGCUGUAUGAAAUAUUAAUGAUAGAGGUUCCGGUUGAAGGACAAAAGAAAAAACGAAGGAAACUUUUGCUGGAGACCAAAUUACACGGAGAUAAAGAUAGAACCCAGGAAAUACUGGACUAUGUUUUAGAGACCACUAAACCUUCAAAUCAAGGGGUCAAAGGUAAAAGAGUUGUGUUAAUGAGGACGUUUCCGCUGGAUGGAGAAAAUGCUGGCCGGGAAGCGACUCUGUACGUGGUCCCCGCAGCUGCUAAAGAUAAUGCUAAGAGUGCAUACGCCCCGGGCAGUCCUGUGUUCUACUGUCUGCAAGAUAUCAUGAGAGUCUGCAGUGAAUCGAGCGCUCAUUUUUCCACAAUCACCGCGCGGAUGUUAAUCGCUUUAGACAAGUGGCUCGAUGAACAGCACACACAAACCUACGCCAUCGCCGCGUUAUUCAGGCCUUCUCCCCUCGAGCGAAUAAAAACCAAUAUCACAAACCCAGCGUAUUCCUCUGACUCCGGACAGUCUGACAACUCGCUACACAUGGGCUACACCGCUCUGGAAAUCAAGAGCAAAAUGAUGGCGCUCGAAAAGGCAGACAUGUGCAUCUAUAAUCCUCUGUUCGGCUCUGAUCUUCAGUAUACCAACAGGGUUGAUAAAGUUGUUAUAAACCCAUAUUUUGGCCUCGGAGCACCUGAUUAUUCAAAGAUCCAGAUACCAAAGAGAGAGAAAUGGCAGAGGAGCAUGAGCAGCGUCAUGGAGGACAAAGAGCGGCAGUGGGUCGAUGACUUCCCUCUGCACCGCAGUGCCUGUGAAGGCGAUACAGAACUUCUGGCCCGGUUACUGGAUAAGGGCUGUUCUGUUAACCAGCUCGAUAACGACCAGUGGGCACCCAUACACUACGCUUGCUGGUACGGCAAGGCUGAAGCCACAAGCGCGUUGCUGGAGAAAGGAAAGUGUAGCCCUAACUUAUUAAACGGACAGCUCAGUUCUCCGCUGCAUUUCGCUGCUGGGGGAGGCCAUGCAGAAAUCGUACAGAUUCUCCUCAAUCAUCAGGAAAUAGACCGGCACAUCACUGACCAGCAAGGACGGUCGCCUUUGGACAUAUGCGAAGAGAACAAGCAGGGCAAGUGGGAAGAGGCUGCUCAGCUGCUAAAGGAAGCCGUCAAUAAGCCGUACGAGAAAGUGCGUAUAUAUCGCAUGGAUGGGUCGUACCGUUCGGUGGAGCUGAAGCAUGGGAAUAACACCAGUGUUCAGCAGAUUAUGGAGGGGAUGCGUCUGUCCCAAGAAACCCAGCAAUACUUCACCAUAUGGAUCUGUUCAGAGAACAUCAGUCUCCAGCUGAAGCCGUUCCACAAACCUUUGCAGCACAUCAGAGACUGGGCAGAAAUAGUCUCGGAGUUGACCAAUCUAGACCCCCAGAGAGAGAUGCCGCAGCUCUUCCUCAGGAGGGAUGUGAAGCUACCCCUGGAUGUAGAGAAGAAAAUUGAAGAUCCUCUCGCCAUCCUCAUCCUUUUUGAUGAAGCUCGGUACAACUUGCUGAAAAGUUUCUAUCCCGCGCCAGACGCGAAGCUCAUCACGUUGGCGAGCCUUCUUCUGCAGAUUGUUUAUGGGAACUACGAAAGCAAGAAGCACAAGCAAGGGUUCCUUAAUGAAGAAAAUUUGAAAUCCAUAGUACCGAUCGCUAAAGUGAAGAGCAAAGCCCCCCACUGGACAAACCGAAUUCUUCAUGAAUACAAGAAUCUGAGUACGAGUGAAGGUGUGAGCAAGGAGAUGCACCAUCUGCAGCGCAUGUUUCUUCAGAACUGCUGGGACAUUCCUACAUACGGAGCAGCGUUUUUUACGGGUCAGAUAUACACAAAGCCGACCUCCAGCAGCCACAAGGUCAUUCAAGUGUAUGUUGGUGUCAACAUUAAAGGCCUGCAUCUCCUUAACCUGGAAACCAAGGCUUUGCUGAUCAGUUUAAAGUUCGGAAGCUUCAUGUGGCAGCUGGGAGAUGCAGAUAUGUGUUUCCAAAUCCAUAGCCUGCAAAAUAAAAUGAAUUUCAUAGUUCACACUAAGCAGGCCGGCCUUGUGGUGAAACUGCUGAUGAAGUUAAGUGGUCAGUUUUCCCCGGCAGAUCAAAGCUCGACGGAGUGCUACGGUUAUGGUUAACGGAUGAGCGCCUGCCGCCUUCCCUGUCAUGUGUGGUUCCUGCAAUAGACUCAUCGGAAGAUUUUUAUUUGAUGCGACAACCAGGAGGCCAAAGAUUAUUCCAAACUUAGAAACCUUUUUUGGUAUAUUUUUAUAUGUCCAUGAAAAUAAUCUACUCGUCUGAAUGCAUUUCUUUAAUAAAAAUGUUUUAUUUAUUUAAAUAAUAAUAAUAAUAAAAUGUACUUUUUUUUUUAAAAACAAAUUUUUCAUUAUGGAUAACGUACAACCAUUGACUUUUUGGGGUCUUUUUCUGUUUGCUUCCACUUGCUUUGGCUGAAUUUAUGAACUACUAUAGCUGCUAAAAAGGCUUAUUUGUUUCAACCGCCUGUUUGACCAAUAAAGUCCACGUUCCGUUUUUCUUUGUAUCAUAGUGAGAAUGUAUUGUAACUGCCUUUUACAAGUUUGGUUUAGGUAAAAGUAAUAUUUUUUUUAUUUAGUAUGUUGAUACGCUGUUAAAAUCAUAUUUUUGUUACAUAUUAACCCUGUAUAUUCUUCCUUGCUGUGGUAGAGUGUAUGCAGGGUACUCUUGCAGCAGGACGGGACACAGAAGGUUAAAUAUAAAGUCAGCUUGUCAGUAAUCGACAAAUAAAAGAAAAACUAUUCCCUUCACCCAC